UUCUCGCUCCCCACUCCUUUCACAACGCCCCUUUCUCCUUCGUCAAAACCUACAUCUCUCUCUCUCUCUCUCUUCUGCGUUUGGGUCUUUGGUUCCAAGGAUCGACAAUGACGGUCUCAGCGCGUGAGGAGUACGUGUACAUGGCCAAGCUAGCGGAGCAGGCGGAGAGGUACGAGGAAAUGGUGGAGUUCAUGGAGAAGGUCUCCGCCUCGGUGGAGAACGAGGAGCUCACCGUCGAGGAAAGGAAUCUCCUCUCCGUCGCUUACAAGAACGUCAUCGGAGCCCGACGCGCCUCCUGGAGGAUUAUCUCCUCGAUCGAGCAGAAGGAGGAGAGCCGCGGCAACGACGACCACGUCGCAGCGAUCCGCGACUACCGGGCUAAGAUCGAGUCCGAGCUUUCCGGUAUCUGCGACGGGAUCCUCAAGCUGCUCGACUCCAGGCUCAUCCCUUCCGCUGCCUCUGGCGACUCCAAGGUGUUCUACCUCAAGAUGAAGGGUGAUUACCACAGGUACUUGGCCGAGUUCAAGACCGGUCAGGAGAGGAAGGACGCCGCCGAGCACACCCUCUCUGCCUACAAGUCCGCACAGGAAAUUGCAAACGCAGAGCUCGCUCCUACUCACCCAAUCCGACUCGGUCUCGCGUUGAACUUCUCUGUGUUCUAUUACGAGAUCCUCAACUCCCCUGAUCGUGCCUGCAACCUCGCUAAACAGGCCUUUGAUGAAGCAAUAGCCGAGUUGGACACCCUGGGCGAGGAGUCCUACAAGGACAGCACCUUGAUCAUGCAGCUCCUCCGAGACAACCUUACUCUGUGGACCUCCGACAUGCAGGAUGAUGCUGCGGAUGAGAUCAAGGAGGCAGCAGCAAAGCCGGGGGAGGAAGAGCAGUGAAGUGAAAUCUUUGCGGGAACUGCUAGUUUAGGGUGUCAUUUUUAAUCAGAAAGAGACCGUUUGUUUCUCUGUGGCUUGGCUUGUUUGUAUUUUCAUUUCUGUCAUGGCAAGUUGAAUCAUCUCUCUGGAUUUCCACGCUGGAUUCGAACUCAGGAUCAUCAUGAAGCUUUCUUGUGGGGUUGAUUUUA